AUGGCUAUCGAGGCUCCUCGUCAAUACGUACCUUUGACUUGCCACGGGCACUCUCGCCCUGUGCCGCACAUUGGUUUCUCCAACCUGGAAAAGGAGGAGACAUACUACCUAAUUUCUGCCUGCAAAGAUGGAAACCCCAUGCUUCGUGACGGCGUCACUGGAGAUUGGAUUGGUACAUUCAUCGGCCACAAGGGAGCUGUUUGGCAGGCUAGACUGAGCCCCGACGCGUCCAACGCAGCCACGGCAUCGGCAGAUUUCACCGCCAAGAUUUGGGACACCCACACCGGCGAGAUACUCUACACUCUUCAGCACGACCACAUUGUUCGAGCCGUUGCAUACCCUCCCGAUAACUCCGACCUCGUUGCCACUGGAGGCAUGGAAAAGAAGCUACGAGUCUUUGACCUUUCAGAGCUUGGCGCCACCAGCCCUGGCUCUGCCGUGACAAUCCCGGCCUCGGCUGGCUUUGAGAUUGGCGAAGGUAUCCAUACCGACUCGAUCAAGUUCAUUUGCUGGACCCAGGACCCCAACGUCGUCAUUACCGCCUCUGGCAAGACGCUUCGAUGGCUUGAUCUGCCAAGCCGCGCCUGUAUCCAUCACAAGGUCCUGGAAGGCGAGAUUAAGUCGUGCGAGAUGAUCUCUCUGUGCCCAAGUGUCGCCUCGCCCACGGAUAUUGGAGGAGGUAAGCCAGUGCUUGCUGUUGCAGCUGGCAAGACGGCCUAUUUCUGGGGCGAGGAGCGAGCCAUGACUGAGCUUAAGCGCAUCACUCUUCCAAACUCGAUUGCCAGCGUUGCGCUUGAUAUCAAGGGACGCAAGCUGGUCGUCGGCGAAGAACCUGGUACUUGGGCCAAGGUGAUUCGCUACGAUGACGAGGUGGAACUGGACACUCACAAGGGUCACCAUGGUCCCAUUUGGUCUAUUGCCUUCUCGCCCGAUGGCAAACUGUACGCGACGGGCUCCGAGGACGGCACGAUUAAGAUGUGGAAGAACUGCGACGGCUUCUAUGGACUCUGGCGUGGUGUAGGCACGGAACGCUCAGGAGAAUAG